AACUUCACAUCCGUGUUUUUCACUCCAGAGAUCACCCCAGGGAUCCCCCGCCAACAGCUUUUAACCCCAGGGAUCCCCCACCAACAGCUUCACCCGAGGGAUCCCCCACCACACGGCUUUACCCCAGGGAUCCCCCGCCAACAGCUUCACCCCAGGGAUCCCCCACCAACAGCUUCACCCGAGGGAUCCCCCACCAACAGCUUCACCCCAGGGAUCUCCCACCAGCAGCUUCACCCCAGGGAUCCCUCACCAACAGCUUCACCCCAGGGAUCCCCCACCAACAGCUUCACCCCAGGGAUCCCUCACCAACAGCUUCACCCCAGGGAUCCCCCACCAACAGCUUCACCCCAGGGAUCCCCCACCCCACGGCUUCACCCCAGGGAUCCCCCGCCAACAGGUUCACCCCAGGGAUCCCCCACCAACAGCUUCACCCCAGGGAUCCCUCGCCAACAGGUUCACCCCAGGGAUCCCCCACCAACAGCUUCACCCGAGGGAUCCCCCACCAACAGCUUCACCCCAGGGAUCCCCCACCAACAGCUUCACCCGAGAGAUCUCCCACCAGCAGCUUCACCCCAGGGAUCCCCCGCCAACAGGUUCACCCCAGGGAUCCCCCGCCAACAGCUUCACCCCAGGGAUCCCCCACCAACAGCUUCACCCCAGGGAUCCCUCACCAACAGCUUCACCCCAGGGAUCCCCCACCCCACGGCUUCACCCCAGGGAUCCCCCGCCAACAGGUUCACCCCAGGGAUCCCCCAUGCCACGGCUUCACCCCAGGGAUCCCCCACCAACAGCUUCACCCCAGGGAUCCCCCAUGCCACGGCUUCACCCCAGGGAUCCCCCACCAGCAGCUUCACCCCAGGGAUCCCCCAUGCCACGGCUUCACCCCAGGGAUCCCCCACCAACAGCUUCACCCCAGGGAUCCCCCACCAACAGGUUCACCCCAGGGAUCCCCCACCAACAGCUUCACCCCAGGGAUCCCCCACCAACAGCUUCACCCCAGGGAUCCCCCGCCAACAGGUUCACCCCAGGGAUCCCCCAUGCCACGGCUUCACCCCAGGGAUCCCCCACCAACAGCUUCACCCCAGGGAUCCCCCACCAACAGCUUCACCCCAGGGAUCCCCCACCAACAGCUUCACCCGAGGGAUCUCCCACCAGCAGCUUCACCCCAGGGAUCCCUCACCAACAGCUUCACCCCAGGGAUCCCCCAUGCCACGGCUUCACCCCAGGGAUCCCCCGCCAACAGGUUCACCCCAGGGAUCCCCCAUGCCACGGCUUCACCCCAGGGAUCCCCCGCCAACAGGUUCACCCCAGGGAUCCCCCACCCCACACUUUCUGUUCUGUCCCCACCAUUGACCUCGUCAUCCUCCCACCUGUGACUGCGC